CUGACUGAAUUAAGUGCUUUCAAGUGAGUUGUACUGAUUGACAUAUUCGCAUGUCAUGAUGCGCAUCUGACAGUUAACAGCUGCACGGCACAAAAAACGUCAAAAGUUAAUAAAAAAUUGUACAACAUUGAACGGACCAGUUAAAAGACAUUUGUGGAUUUUGUUGAAUAUCUCGUUAGGCGCGUCGACCCCAAAGUGUCUAACUUCAGACGUCCGUGUUUCGGGUGGUUUCGGGCUAACCAUCACGUGCCGAAGCUGUUUGGAAAAUUAAUAUCUGGUCGGGAUACUGUUAAUAAUCAAAAUUACGGCGCAGGACAACACAAAUUCUCAGAGAACAAUGAGCUUCCCUGAGAAACAAGACAGCAUAUCCAAGGAUGAGUGGGUGGCGAGACUGGAAGAGGGAUUUCAUAUGCAACGAGUAUCAAUGAAUAAUUUAAUCAUGAAUUAUCUUGUGACAGAAGGAUUCAAGGAAGCUGCUGAGAAAUUCCAACAAGAAUCUGGAGUGGGUCCUACUGUAGAAUUGAGUUCUCUGGACGAUAGAAUUCGCAUCAGAGAUGCUAUACAAAAUGGUCGUAUUCAGGAAGCUACAGAUUUGGUGAAUCAGUUGCAUCCUGAACUGUUGGAUAACGACAGAUAUCUUUAUUUCCACCUGCAACAACUGCAUCUGAUUGAAUUGAUUCGUACAGGUAGAAUUGAAGAGGCUCUUCAGUUCGCUCAGGAUAAGCUGAGCGAAGCUGGAGAGUCGGAUGAUAAUAUAUUGUGUGAGCUAGAACGUACUUUGGCACUAUUGGCUUUUGAUGAACCACACAAAAGUCCGUUUAGCGAUCUUUUACAUCCUACACAUAGACAAAAAAUAGCAAGUGAGUUGAAUGCUGCUAUAUUGAAAAUGGAGCACAGAGAAUCAACCAGCCCUCGACUCAAUAAUCUACUGAAGAUGAUACUGUGGGCUCAAGAUGAAUUAGAUAAGAAGAAAGUAAAAUAUCCUAAGAUGACUGAUUUAGGUAGUGCUACAAUUGAGAAUACGAAAUAAUUUUCCGAUAAUUGGUGAUUGGAGCUGGCAUUAUGUUGAACUUCUUUAUAAGAUAAAGCGAACAUGUGAUUGUAUUAUCAGUGUUUCGCAUGCGAGAGCAGUAGAGAGAGAAUCUGAGAUCAACUCUGAAAAGUAAUUUUGCAUAAAUAGGUGUUCGUAGAAUUGUUUAAAUUUUCAUCUUAUAUCAUGACUUUAGAGGAUAUAACUAUUACUAAUACACUAAUUAUUACAAUAAUAAUGUAACCGCAAUGUUAUGGUUACAAUGGACACGUUAUCGUUAUUACUCUAAGAAAAGUCCAAGUUAUUAUUGCAAUAUUUCUCAUCCAUUUUUGCGAGGUUCAACGGUAGCAAAGUAGGAAAAGUUUAUAAAAUAUCUUCAAGUUUUUACACGAUUAACAUAAAGUAUGCUAGUAAUAAUAUAUAUAUAUAUAUGUAUAAUGUAGAAUAGAAGAUAUAUUCAGUC